GGUGAUUUUUGGCCAAUUUCAAUUGUAAAUAUACUCAAUACUGUGUUGUAAGCAUUUUUAAUGGUACCUAUAAAUUAGAUAAUUGUACUUUAAGUACAUUACACGAUAUGUUUAUUAUAUGGAUAUUGUUUAUACUGACGUUAUGAAUGAAAUGAAUGUAUUCACCUUAUCGUGUGUUAAAGUGUCCGAAUAGUCAUUUGGUCUGAUUGAUCAGAUAAAAAUGAAGCGUUCUAUGGAUAGUGAAGAUUGCUUUAUGAAAAAAUUCAAGUACUAUAAAUCUAACAAACCAAAGCCCUCAUUAGACGAGGUCAUAUCUUUAGAAACCUAUAAAUUUGCUAAAGAGGUCGAAAACAUAACAUUUACUGUAAAACAUGAUUCAAGAACGAGAGCUCUAGGUUUACAUGACAUUUCUAAUUGGAAAGCAGUUUCGUUAAGCAGACACCCUGGUUUUAUUAUUAUUAAAAAUCCAUUUACUAGUUUAGGACAAAGGUACUGGAUAAGAAAAUGUUUGGAAGAAUAUGCUAAAAAGCCCAAUAAAAGGAACAUUGACAUAGACACUGAUGUAGAUAAUUGGUGGGAAGAGUGCUUUAAGAACAAAGAAGUAGAUAGGAAGCUACAGAAGAAACUGAGAUGGGCAACUUUAGGAUAUCAUCAUGAUUGGGACACAAAAGUCUACAUUGAAGAUAACAAAGGUGUAUUUCCAGCAGAAUUAGCUGAGUUAUGUGAUGCUAUAGCCCUCAGUCUUGGCUACAAUAAAUUCAGAGCUGAAGCAGCAAUUGUAAAUUAUUACCACAUGGGAUCUACAUUAUCUGCUCAUACAGAUCACUCUGAAGUGAAUUUGGAGGCACCAUUAUUUUCAUUAAGUUUUGGUCAAUCUGCAAUAUUUUUACUCGGUGGACAUGAAAAGUCAAUAGAACCCUCUGCCAUUUUACUGUCAAGUGGUGAUAUAGCUAUCAUGUCUAAAGAUGCACGUCUAUGCUACCAUGCUGUACCAAAAAUAUUACCCAGCUCAAAACAACCAUGGAAUGAUCCUACUUCUGUUGAAAAAACGGAUGAAAAUUUUAAAUACAUAAAGGAAGAUGAAAUAAUUGAUUCAAUGAAUAGAAAUUUGAAAGAGUGGACAAAGUUCCAGGCAUAUGUUGAAGAGUCAAGAAUUAAUGUUAAUGUGCGACAAGUACUAAAUGAAAAUCAAAUAUGUUUAUAACAGCUACUUUUUUUAAUAUAUUUUGUUGUGUUUUU